CCAAAGAGCAAUGGUGGGACGGAAGCCGAUGCGCCGGCGCCGAAGUGACCGGCAACCGCCGCCGCAAUCCUUCGGCGCCACGGCUCGCCCGAGUUCCCCACGCUCGUUCGACUCCACAACCGCCGCCGCUGCCGCAGUUGCCACCGACCUGGACGAGCUGCUGCUGACGGCGCCGCCGCCGUCCGCGUCGGAGCCCCGGAGCUUCUCCUAUGCGGUGAAACAGCAGUGCUGGGAGAAGGCGGAGCGGCUGCCCGGACGUGACCCGGAGAGGUGGCGCCGCGAUGCGCUCGGCAACAUCGUCUUCCGCAAGCUCGUGGGUUGCCCCGGCUGCCUUUGCCACGACUACGACCACAUCGUCCCCUACUCCAAGGGCGGGAAGAGCACAUUGGAGAAUUGCCAAGUUUUGCAGGCUACGGUGAAUCGAUCUAAAGGCAACAAGACUGAGAUAUCCAAAUCUGAGCUCAUACAGAAGAGUGCAUACUGUAGGGUUUCAGGACGGGACAUGGAUCUUGUUGAACUUUCUGCCUAUGGAAAUGUCCGGCGAGGGCCAGAUUCAGGGGGCUGCAAAAUCCAAUGAAGUAGAUAUAUCUGAAUGGCGUCAAAGUUGGAAGUAGUUGCCUCAAAGUUGGAAGUAGUUGCCUGAGGCUCAAUGGAGAAAGCUUGAUUCAUUGUUCUGUCAAAUAUCUCCAAUCAUGUUUAUACUAUGUAGCUUAACACUUCAAAUGAUUUAUCCCAGAAAAGAAAUCGUGAUAUAUUUGAAUC